GUUCGACCGCUUCGCGCCUGCGUACGUAGUUCGCGCCACUGCUACGUCGCUACUAGCAAGUAGCAAGCAAGCGAGCGAGCCAGAUGUUCUGAAAAGCUUCCUGUCGUCGUUUCAACGUUCCAUAAUUUUAUUUAUUAUUAACUGUAAAAUGUGGACUAGGACCAUUAAAUUGUUUGUAUAUUUGAGUGUUAACAUCAGUGUAUAAAUUACCAUGUGUAUUUUAUAAACUUGUGAUCUCUGACUGAAAAUUAUCGAGCGUAGAUGUCCACGAGUUCACUCGGGACCAACAAAGCGGCGGACAUUUUAUUUUGAGUACUCUAUAAUGUAGCGUUUGCGUCGAAAACAUUAAUGUCGUUUAUUAGUUACAAAUUGGAAUAUUGUUCGCUUACACCUUUUCGAUGCCGAGAGGGGUGAAGCGAGGGUCGGCGGAGGGCGAGGCCGAGGUGGUGGUACGAGCCGGGGAGUCUCCAUCGCAGACCACGCUAUUGGAGAACAGUCCCAGCCAGCCUAUCAGUUAUCACCUCCUCGACCACGGCUAUGGCGCUACCCCAAAGCAUCAGAUACGCCGCGAGGCGCCCACGGCACCGCCUAAGACAUCUGAAGCGGUUAAAAGAAGACUGAACCUUAGCGAGAGCAGUUCCGGGAGUCAAGGACACGUGGUGCCCAUGAAAGCGGACUUCAAAACUCCGAAGCAGAAACGCGUCAAAGUUCUCACGCCGUACAGCAGACCGUCCAGUUCUAUGAAAAAGUACACAGAACGUUCCAGGUUUGAUACAUCCCUAGGUUUACUAACGAAGAAAUUCGUCGCUUUGUUGAAAUCUUCACAGAACGGAGUGCUCGAUUUGAACAUAGCGGCGGAACAUCUGUCCGUUCAGAAACGUCGCAUAUACGACAUCACGAACGUUCUAGAAGGUAUAGGAAUAUUAGAGAAGAGGUCCAAAAACAACAUACAAUGGAAGUAUGGUAUGAGCGGCGGGUCGUGCGGCGCGGACGGGUCGACGGCGCGGCGGCUGCGCGGCGAGGUGCGCGCGCUGUCGGCGCGGGAGGCCCGCGUGUCGCGCGCCGUGGCCGCCGCCGAGCUCGCCCUGUCGCGGCUGUCGGCCGACCACGGCGCCAAGGCCUACAUCACCUACGCCGACCUGCGCUCCAUCGCGGACUUCCGCAACCAGACCGUCAUCCCCAUCAAGGCGCCGCCCGACACCAGGCUCAGUGUACCUCAUCCUGACGAAAAAGGUUAUAUGAUCCAUUUGAAGUCUUUGUCUGGGGAAAUAGAAGUUUAUCUUUGUCCAAAGGAAAGGCCUGCUUCACCAACAGUGUCAGGGAUGUCUUCGGAUCCUCUUCUAGAAGACAACAAAGCGUUACUCGCACCUCUCAUCGCGCAAAUGCAAUCAGCCUCCGAACAGUUCAUGCGACCUGUGAAGCGGGAGAUGGAGGACGGCGAGUCGGGAGCUCGUGCGCUGGUGGUGUGCACGCCUUGCGUCACCGACCCCACGCUGCCGCUCCUCGCCGCGCCCCACGCGCCCCACGCCGCACCGCACGCCACCCCCUCCCCGCCCUCGCCGCACCGCACGCCCCCGCGGCACACCCGAGCAGCCGACCUCUCCACGCCAGACAGUGGUCGCGCCCGCGGUCGGCUGCGCAACGCUCUCAUCGCGGACAGCGACGACUUCGCGCCCAUCAUGGGCGGCGGACGCUUCCAGCUGCAGACGGAGGACCAGGAGUCAGAACCGCUGGAGUUGGAGCCGUUCCUUGCGCUGGAGCCUCCGAUGUCCGCCACCGACUACGGCUUCUGUCUGGACCACGACGAGGGCCUGUCGGAACUGUUCGACUUCGAGUUCUAGUGUAAAGUGUCGAUCAUUGACCAGUGUCGGUUGUCGCAAGUGUCGAUUGUAGUGAUGCGGAUAUAUCGAUAGUUUUAACUCGAUGUAAUUGAACACGUUUGUUUGGUUUCACUUGAAGAUUUCGGAUACAAGUGAAUGUAACACGAUGAAAUGAAUGUAAAAACUGGGACUCUGAUGUGUUACUGUAAAAAGACUGGACUGUAAUUUCUAAAGGUUUGUUAAGACGUUUUUUGUGACCGAACUGCUUUUCUUGCUUGUUUAAAUACUCUGUGUAAGAAAUUUUCAAGUUGCUAAUACAACAUUAUUGCGUACACAAAACUGGAUAUUUUGUCGGAUUAAUGAAAUUUGUACGUGUCGUAAAGCAUUAAAUCAGAUUUAUAUAUUUUGUACCUAAACUGCUUAGUAAUAAUAAUCGUAAGUUUCAUUAUAUAAAGCAAUUUGUUUGAAAAGUUAGUUUUGUUGAUGCAUCAGCGAUACAGAUGUUCUUACCGUUGGUAAAAAAAAAUAUAUUUUAUAAUUAUUAUUAUUGCAAUGAAAAAUCGGCAUCGUUUAUAAUUAGUUGAAAAUAUUGUCGAGUCGAUGAUGUGUUUAACAUAAGCUGUAAAUGUAAUGUUGUAAAGCUGAAAUUGAUUGAUAUAUUCGCGGUGAACUAGUUCUUGUGCGCUCUCGUAACUCUAUUAACGACUAAAAUACUGUAAAAUGGUGCUAAUCAGAUCAAUUUCAGCUAUACACAUCACUCCUUAGGGAAGCGUAAUAAUAAAACUCGAAAAAAAAAUAUGUUCCUCCACUAAAAUAUUACACUGAAGCGUUCGAACGCGAUAAAGUUUACACUCUGGAUUUUUGUUUCUACAGUUAAUACUUAGUCUUAUUUUAAUGUUCUACAGUGUAUAUAGUUUUUGAAAAUCGAAGUUUCAACGUGCCAGCGAAGGAAUAAUAAUAUAUUUUAGUAAUACGACGUUCACUGUGUUAUCUGAAGGAGCAAAAUCCCGUGUACCUGAGUGUGGGAGGGUCCGAGUGUUUUAUAUAAUGACGAGUGAGGGCCGAGCCUCUCCCGCACCUUGCUUGUACAUAAUGAUAUACUGUAUAAUAGACUGUUGCUAGUGAAAAAUGGUAAAAGUCCGAUUGUGUGCGUUGAGUGUAACAAAAUGAUGAUCGAUUUGAGUAAUAAUAACUAGAGAAAUUCCAGAGAAAAAUAUUUUUUUAAAAUGAUUGUAAGAAUCGAAGAUUCGUAUACUAUUUUCGUGGCUACGGAAAACUGAAGUGUUACAGCUGGUUGAAAUGUAAAUUGUUAUUGCCGUUGAUCAGCUCGUGGCCCGAAUGAUCAUCAUUGGUUACUGUCGCCUGUAGACAUCGGUCUGGCUUAACCAAACUGCAGAAAAAAGGGAACUGAUCAUUAAAAAAAUAGUUGUAAAAUUUACAGUGCUCUUAACCGUAGUUUUCUCAUCAAAUAAUUAUUGCUGGCAUUGUAAAAUAUGUGUAUAAUUAAUUUUAUUUUCAUAAAUUUAUUUGUUAUUAUGAUGAUCUUAUAUUGGUUAACACCACAACAUUAUUGAUUCCAGUGUUAAGAAUUACAUACAGAAAUUCUGUACUUGCACUCUGAUCAUUUUUGUAUACUUAACUAAUUCGGAACAAACUGACUUAUACCCCUUUUUACUACCGGCAUUGAAUAACAUACAGGGAGUAAAGGAAUCCGCUGAAGCUGAGACUUCAAUCCUAAAAUAACUGAAAUAGGUUACAUAUUUGCUAACACUAAGUUAUAUUUAUAUCCAAGCGAAAUGUACCUGAACUUACGUCAAAAUCGAUAAACAUAUUAAACGUUUUUAGAUUGUAAAUACCUACAUUGUUGGCUCCCAUCAUUUCUUACUGACUUAAGACUUUGUUACGUAUAUAGUUUCAAGAUGGGCGUCGGCGAUAUAGAUUCAGUUAGACCAAUUCUUUUUCCUACCUAUUCUAGUAACCUCGAGGGGUUAUUUUAGAUUCACUAGUAGGUGAGCUCACGGGGCUCAAACCGGGAGUGUUGCUAA